UCUUAUAUUUUAAUUUAACUAUUUAAGUACUCGCAUUCGCAAGCGGUGAGAGAGAGAGAGAGAAUCCAAUUUGAGGAUUUUUGAAACGGGAUCGACGCUCGUUGAAUUCGUGGUCUCUUCUUUCACUGUCACAGCACACAGAAACCUCUCCUUCGUCGCUUCCCACCGAUUCACGGAACCCUAAUUUUGGUGUUCCUCUUCCGGGGAGCGAAGAUUUAGGGUUGGAUUGAGCUGAGGUGGUAGAUGCAGCACUGAGGAAAUGGAAGGUGGCAGGAGAAUCACGGUGAGCCCUCGACCAUGCUGCGGCCGGCGAAUCGUCGCCGCCAAGAAGAGGCCGCGUGCGGUGGACGGCUUCGUCAACAGCGUCAAGAAGCUACAGCGACGUGAAAUCAGUUCGAAGCGGGAUCGCGCUUUCACCAUGAGCGACGCUCAGGAGAGAUUCCGGAAUAUUCGCUUGCAGGAAGAAUAUGAUACACAUGAUCCAAAAGGUCCGUCGUCUAUGGUACUGCCAUUUCUGAGAAAAAGAUCCAAGAUUAUUGAGAUUGUAGCAGCGCGUGAUAUUGUGUUUGCUCUUGCACAAUCUGGCGUUUGUGCAGCAUUUAGCCGAGAGAGUAAUAAACGGAUAUGCUUUUUGAAUGUCAGUCCUGAUGAAGUUAUAAGAAGUCUGUUUUAUAACAAAAACAAUGACUCACUUAUCACAGUUUCUGUAUAUGCUUCAGACGGUUACAGUUCUUUGAAAUGCAGAAGCACAAGGAUCGAAUACAUAAGGAGGGGUAAACCAGAUGCUGGCUUUGCUCUUUUUGAAUCCGAAUCUCUGAAGUGGCCGGGUUUUGUAGAGUUUGAUGAUGUAAAUGGGAAGGUUUUAACGUACUCAGCUCAAGACAGCAUAUACAAGGUAUUUGACCUGAAAAACUAUACCAUGCUGUACUCUAUUUCGGAUAAAAAUGUCCAAGAGAUUAAGAUCAGUCCGGGAAUCAUGUUGUUGAUAUUCUCUAAGGCAAGUAGCCAUGUUCCGCUCAAAAUCCUUUCAAUAGAAGAUGGUACCGUCUUGAAGUCUUUCAACCAUCUCCUUUAUAGGAACAAGAAGGUAGAUUUUAUUGAACAAUUCAAUGAAAAGCUACUUGUCAAGCAAGAAAACGAGAACCUUCAAAUUCUUGACGUGCGGACUUUUGAGCUAACAGAAGUUAGCAGAAGUGAGUUUAUGACACCGUCUGCAUUUAUUUUUCUAUAUGAGAAUCAAUUAUUCCUGACAUUUCGAAAUCGCACUGUGGCUGUGUGGAACUUCCGUGGAGAGCUGGUAACUUCCUUUGAGGAUCACCUUCUGUGGCAUCCUGACUGCAACACAAACAAUAUAUAUAUAACCAGUGAUCAGGAUCUUAUCAUAUCCUACUGUAAAGCUGAUUCUGAUGAUUCAUUGGCUGAAGGAAAUGCAGGUUCCAUCAACGUCAGCAACAUUUUAACUGGAAAGUGUCUUGCCAAAAUAAGAGCAAGCAACAGCUUUCCAGUGGAUAGCAAUUGCAGUUGCGGUGAGAAUUCUUCAGGUGGCGGUUGUUGUAAUUCAAGGAAAAGAAAACAAGCCUCCAGGAUAAGGAGCACAGUUGCAGAAGCCUUGGAAGAUAUUACUGCUCUCUUCUAUGAUGAAGAGCGCAAUGAGAUCUAUACUGGCAAUAGGCAUGGUUUGGUUCAUGUCUGGUCUAACUGAUGUAUUAUUGAAUUUUCUCUUGCCCCCUUUUCGCUUCCCCUUCCCCUCCUUUUUUUUCUUAUUGACUUUUCUUAGUGGGUACAUUGAUUGCUCUGAUCUGUUAUGAGAACUUUCGGGGGAUGUAAGCAUAAGUGGCUUUGCAUCAUUCAUUUUUCCCCCUUGUCAUGUACGCCUUAGGCGAGUUUGUUCAGUAGUUGUAGCAGAUGUAUGAAGUGAUACUAUAUGCUGGUAACUCACCGGAUGUAAUCUAUAUCUUACAUUAAUGAAGCGGCUUCGAUGAAAUGUAGCAUCUGAAUUAUGUUAA